AUGGCCGCACCCUCAACGUCUGCAGCAGCAGCCUCGACCGCCGAGCAGGAUGCCCUCCGCGCGUCCACCUUCCAGCGCCUGCACCCCAAAGUCUACCUCGAACGCUUCCUCGCCGAGGGCGUCCGCCCCGACGGCCGCGAGUUUGGCGAGUGGCGCGACGUCUCCGUCAAUGUAGGAUCCAUAUCCACAGCAGACGGCUCUGCGCUAGUGCGCAUGGGCGACACGACCGUCGUGUGCGGCGUCAAAGCCGAGAUCGCGGAGCCUGAACUUGACAGCCCGGGGGACGGUUUCCUCGUACCCAACCUAGACCUUCCCGCCAUUUGUCAUCCAAAGUUUAAGCCCGGCCCGCCAACAGAGGAAGCGCAGGUGCUCUCCGACCGGCUGAAUGACGUCCUCGUCGCGUCAGGCAUCGUCCCGCUCCCUUCCCUCUGCAUCGAACCCGGCAAGGCGGUGUGGGUGCUCUACGUCGACGCGACGUGCAUCAACUACGACGGGAAUGCGUUCGACGCGACGCUCCUCGCGAUGGUCGCGGCCCUAAGAAACACACGCCUCCCAAAGGCGCGGUACGAUGAGGAAACGGGCCGCACGGUCUGCUCACGGAUGGAGCGCAUACCGUUGCCGGCGCCGCGCCUGCCCCUGUCGAUGUCCUUCGGCAUCUUCGACGCCACACAUGUCCUGUCUGACCCGACGUCGUUCGAGGAGCCCCUGCUAGACACAACCAUCUCAGUGGCGGUGGACGAGGCUGGCGGACUCGUCUCCGUGACGCAGCUCGGUCUGGGCAUUGUCGGGAACCAGAGCAUCUUGAUGCAAUGUAUAGCUGCUGCCAAAGAACGGCGGUCAGAACUCGGCAAACGCGUGUCCAAUACAUCGUGA